AUGUCCAGGCUCCUCACCUUGAGCAAGGUGCUGCCCGUCCUUGCUGCGGGCGCCCUGGCCGUUGACUAUCCUACCAUCCCCAAGGACCUAACCAAUCCGUACCAGCAGCGUUUGGCCAUCUACGGGCCCAAUGAGGUCUCCGUGGGUUGGAACACUUACGAGAAGCUGAACCAGAGCUGUGUCCACUAUGGCACCUCGAGUGAUAAGCUCGAUUCAGAGGCCUGCUCAACCAAGUCAACCACUUACUCGACUUCCCGGACCUACUCCAAUGUUGUGACCCUGACCGGGCUCAGCCCAGCCACAACCUACUAUUACAAGAUCGAGUCGGGCAACUCCAGCGUGGAGCAGUUUCUGAGCCCGCGCACACCCGGUGACACCACACCUUUCAACAUGGACGUUGUAAUUGACCUGGGGGUGUACGGCAAAGAUGGCUACACGCUCUCCUCCCGCAAGGCCAAGAAGUCCGACAUCCCUCACGUCGAACCCGACCUCAACCACACCACCAUCGGCCGCCUGGCGGAUACAAUUAAUGACUACGAGCUGGUCAUCCACCCAGGUGAUUUUGCGUACGCCGACGACUGGUAUCUCGACAUCGACAACUUGCUCUCCGGUAGUGAAGCCUACCAAUCCAUUCUCGAACGUUUCUACGACCAACUGGCCCCUAUCGCCGGAAACAGACUUUACAUGCCGGGCCCAGGAAACCACGAAGCAGACUGCACCGAAAUCCCCUUCACAUCCGGCCUCUGCCCCGAAGGCCAGCGCAAUUUCACCGACUUUCUGCAUCGCUUCGAGGGUACCGUGCCCACGGCCUUUCCCUCGCAAUCCACCAACACCACUGCCCAGGCCCUCGCUGAGACGGCCCGCAGCCUCGCCGUGCCACCCUUCUGGUACUCGUUCGAGUACGGCAUGGUGCAUGUCGCCAUGAUCGAUACCGAGACCGACUUCAAGGAUGCCCCCGAUGGCACGGAUGGCUCUGCUGAUCUGGACACGGGCCCGUUCGGCCGUCUCAACCAGCAGCUGCAGUUCCUCGAGGCCGAUCUGGCCAGCGUGGACCGGACUGUGACGCCCUGGGUGGUAGUAGCCGGCCAUCGCCCCUGGUACACGACUGGCGACGACAACGCCUGCGAUGUCUGCCAGGAGGCUUUUGAGAGCCUGUUCUACAAGUACGGGGUCGACCUGGGUGUCUUUGGCCACGUCCAUAACUCACAGCGGUUCCAGCCGGUGGUUAACGGCACCGCCGACCCCAACGGUCUCAACAACCCCAAGGCUCCGAUGUACAUUAUUGCGGGUGGUGCCGGCAACAUCGAGGGGUUGAGCUCCGUGGGAACGGAGCCUUCGUAUACGGCUUUUGCUUAUGCGGAUGAUUACAGUUAUGCCACCCUGCGGUUUCUGAAUGAGACUUCGCUGCAGGUCGACUUUAUCCGCUCCACCACGGGCGAGACCCUGGACUCGAGUGUGUUGUACAAGGAUCACACUACUCAGUUUGUGGUUCAGUAG